CCAGCACCGGCAGAGCCGCAGCCCAGCCACAGCAGCAGCCAUGUUUCGUGCAUUGCUUCUCCUGGGGACGUGUCUGGCCGCUGUGAGCUGCUCUAUAAUAGGGGGAGCUGGCCUGAUUGGUGGAGGCGGCCUGGGCUACGGUUUCGGCGGGGGACUGGGCCUGUACGGCCUGGGGGGCGGCGCCGGACUGGGGGGCGGCGCCGGGGUCGGGGGCGGCAUCGGACUGGGCGGCGGCGGUCUGGGCGGGGCAGGCCUGGGGCUGCGGCUGGGCGGCGUGGGCGGCGGCCUAGGGGGGCUCGGCCUCAACAGGCUGGGGGGCGGCGGGGGUCUAGGCCUGGGGCUGGGCUUUAAGAAGUUCGGCUACGGCCUCGGUACCUACGGCGCCGGAUUCGGCUACGGCAAGUAACUGGAAACUCCACCGUCUCCGCGCCUAAGAAGCUCCAUCAAAGUAAAUGCUGUGUGCUGUCCCACAAACGAUCGCCUUGCUGGCCACUUACAUACGUGUAUGAAGCUCUCAGUUUACAUCUGACUACUCUCCAGAGACUCUAGUUGCUGCCGGCUCUUAACAUCGCCAAUUGAUCUACUGUAUAUUCUCUUUGCCUGUUCUGUGGAUCACAGCUAGCCUUUUAACUGUAUCUUGAGAGAAUCUCUAAGAGAAGCAGCAAGUGUAUCUCGUUGUGUAUGGCCCAGAAAUACUUUGGAAUAAAGUGAAUGUUGUGUACAUUA